AAGUGAUAGAAAUGAUGGGAAAUUGGCAAAGGAAACGAAUCCUCAAAUCAAGAUGUUGGAAAAUGGACAUCAUAUGAAGGUCUUUGAGGCCGAUCGUACCAACAAAGACUGCAAAGGAUGUUUGCGGCAUCCAAAUUUCAGGGGAAUUCGUCAAGGGUUCAAGCUGGUUGCAUGAAAAUUGUAAAAUCAAAGCGAAGUGUUAGAUAGCUUAUGGAUUUCUGCUAUCUACAAUACUUCUGAGCCACGAUCUUUUGUUGUUAGCAUUUGAAUCUGUUUGAAUCUGUUUCUGCUGGUCCAUCCAAAGGUGGGCAUUCUGUUGUUACAGUCACGAGAAUAGUCAGCUGUCAUGAGGAUAGUCAAGGAGGAUAGUCGUGGUAUGUCGUAGUCAUUUUGCCUCGUUUUCUUUGUGUUUCGCGCCAUGCUUCGCAUCCUAGGCGUUCCUACGUCAUUUUCCGGAGAAAAGGGCCGUGCAGAAGCGGCGUUGAGUAUUGCAGCGUUGCCUUUUUGUUGGUUGAGCAUGAAGUAUGACCUGGACAGCACGCGCUUGGUUGGUGUUCUGACUUCUCCCAGCACGGCUCGAAUUCGGAUGCUGCAACCCUGGCAGUACUGGCUCUUUGUAGCACAGAUCAACACUGUCAACAUCACUCAUCCCAAGAUUCUUUUUGACGAGGAUUUGCCCUUGAUCAACUUCGGAGAGCUGAUGACAGAGCAAUUUAUGGCUUGGACCACGAACUCAGCCAUCUAUUCCCGCAAUGGUCAGGAUGUCUUUGUCUUCACCCAAGCAGAGCCAGCGGGGCUGUUGAAGAACACUAAGUCCUGCGUGUAUUUUAUCAGCAUCCCAGACGCUGUCAUCAUAGAGGCGCAGGGACUGGAUUUCACGGUGCUGCAAAUUAUGGUCAAUGAGAAGUAUGGUGACGUAGUUGCCGUGGGCCAUCGAUCAGGUUUCAUGAUGAUCGUCACCAUUGCCAAGAUCUACUUCAAUGAGGUGGAGAACGCCAAGCGUGUAGAGUGGAUCUACACGCCUGCCUUGCCACAGCGCCUGGUGCCCACCGUGGACUUUGGCGACCUCUUUGUGACCCCUGGCUUGGCACGGACCUUGGGUCGCCGUCAGGCCGUUAGCGAACAUCUUUUUAACAAGAGCUUCAUCAUGGUGAGGAAAUAUCCUUCAGAUUGGAUCCAGCCGCGUGAUCCGCAGCAAUAUCCACCAAUCCUCAUGGAGAUCAGCAUCCGGGAGCAGAUUUACUUCGAUUGGUGUCCAGCAGAGUGUGAUGGCACUGUGACGUACAAGUCGCCAUACACGCCCAUCUUCAACAAGGAGCCGCGAAUUCCGCUCUCUCUGGCGGCACCAGCUUUGGUCUACGCGCGCUUCAGCAUGGAGGCUGUCACCAUCGAUGUGAAGUUUGACCGUGCAACUUUGCGUGGUGCACUACCCGUGGAUACCAACAACGACAUUGUGCCAGAUAUCAUCGACUACACAACGCAGCUCACUGGAGAUGCCUGGAGUUGCGCCAACAUUUUCGAUGAGGACACAGUCAUUCUCCUCGGGCCUUAUCCUGAAACAAACUGCAAAUGGGCCUCUGACGACUUGGUUCAGAUCUCCUUGCCACGAGUCUUUGAUAUCCAGGCGCUUCAAGUCGCAAAAGAGGUGACCGCGGUGGGCGACCAAAUCUUCCUGAAGGCCGACACCAUCUACACCAUCCCUCGUCCACAGGACAACGAGUACUCCAUGGCAGCACCAGGAGGUAUUGCCAUCUCGCUGCCAGAUCCUUUGGAGCAGCCUGUGGUGAUCAUCACAGGUCAGACAGAGAUUGACGAAUGCAGCCCUCUGCAGCUCUACGCCACUGACAGUUACUUCUUAGGCGGAAAAGCCUCCUACAGGUGGGAGUUGUUGGGCUACACGGAUCUGACCAACAAUCCAGCUGGAAGGAUCUACAAUCAAACGAAGAUGGACCUUCUCCGCUUCGUGCUGGAGAAUGCAUCGAAUUUCAACGAAGGGAAAGUGGAAUCUCCCCCGCAGUACUUGGAAGAAGCGGUGCUCUUCACCCUGAACCUCACGGUCACCAGUCGUUGGGGUCUCUCACAGAGUCUGCUGGUAGACAUCACCAAGUUAGAUGCCCCUGCGCCAAUGGUCAGCAUCCUGGGACCCAAAGAGCUCUUGGUGAACCGCACCGAGCAAGUUUCCUUGUUGGCCAAUGGCGUACCUUCGGAGUGUUUAACUGUAUCCACACAGCUGGAGUAUCGCUGGAUCGAAACCACUGGCCAACUGGAUCUGUCUUCCAUCCCUGAAAUCGUCUAUACAACGAGAUCCUUGGUGAUCCCACCCUUCGUCCUGGAACCCAUCGGCAGCGGCAGUGAUCUGAACACCUACAACUUUACGGUGGAGACCUUCGCUGUUGACAGCCCGAACAAGGCAGCCUAUGCCUCCGUCACUGUCAAGGUUCGCCGCUCUCCGGUCUUUGCUUACCUGGCCACAGAGGAUCGUUUGAUGACGCGUGGUGAUAUCCUGGUUCUGGAUGCUCGCGAGAGUCAGGAUCCGGACUACCCAACAAAUCCUGGAAUGACCUUUUUGGGCACCUUCCAGUGGUGGUGUUUGACUCCGGAGCGAUUGCCGUGCUUCGGAACCAACUCCACUGGGCUCAUUCCACCCUUGGAGACUUGCAUCACCGACUUUGACUCCACGAUUGUCCAGGGUGGAAACCUCUUCAGCACGCCGCUCUUCGACAACGGCCUCUAUUGCCGCUGGGUCUGGAUCUCGGCGAACUCGGAGGCUCGUGGAGUCUUGAUGGUCUCAACGGUGAAUUUCACCGCCGGUGAGUACAUCUUUGAGGUGAUGGCACGUUCGAGUGAUGGCCGUGUGUCAACAAAGGAUGUUCGGAUCACGAUCACCGAAAUGGUGGUGCCCCAAAUCCUGCUCACCAUCGACAAUCCAGCGCCCAAGUAUCCCGUCACCGCAGAGAUCAGUAUCUCCGGCACCGUGGAGUCUGAGUUGGAUCCCACCAUCGCUUUGGAGUUCUCCUGGCGAAUUUUGGUCUUCUCCUCCAAUCCACUUUACGAUGGCGAUCGAGCAAGAGAAGCAGAAAGUGACAACGAUCCAACAACGGUGUACCUGGUGGACAAGAUGGUUUACAUUGACCAAACCGACGUCUAUGACAUCACCAAUGCCUCUCGCUUCUUCACCAGGCCGGAUUCUCCGAACAUGAUCAUCAAGGCAAAUGCGCUGCAAGAAUCGACGAUUUACAAGAUUCGACUGGUCAUGACAGUCGGAGGUGGUUUAGUGGAGGGCUACACUGACGUGUCGUUGGAGACGGCCGGUUUGCCACCGCGAAGCGGUACAUUGCUCUGCGUUCCCUUGAACGCCACCAUGGACACCGCCAGGGUGCUCUCAGCUCCCGAUUGGGUUGCGAAUGACCUGCCACUGACUUACCAGUUUGGCCGGGGACGCCAGACGCUACACUACGACUGCCAAAAAACACCUGACCUUGGGAUCGAUUGGAUCGAUUGGAUCGACCAAGGUGUGGACGACAUCUCCAUGCUGACUCGAGGAGGGCGGCAGUUGGUGAAGUUGGUGGCCACGAAAAGAUCCCAGGACAGACAUCCAGGUCAUCCAGCCAUUUUGAGCAGCGCUGAUGUGAAACAUCUGAAGCGUCCAGAGAGAUGGCAUGGUGUGAACUACGGGAACCGCUUCGUCCCUGAAGACUGGAUCAAGUAUCCCUACGACUUCUUCCAAAGCAUCACCGACAAGGGUGGUCCUCGCUCCGCGCUGUGGGAUCUUUUUCCAGGCAAGGCCUCCAGGGAUUUGAUGCUGACGUGGCUCAGCCAGACCAUCCAGGAGUCACACUUCCAGCAGAUGCAAAGCAUGGGAGUAGAAGUGAUGCGUCUCCCUGUGGGCUAUUGGAAUUUUGUGACAUACGAGAAUGAUGAGGGUCCAGCAGUUCCGGCAGACUUUGAACACUUCAAGGAGCGGUUGAAGAACCUGCACAGGAUUGCAACACCUGAAGAUUACAAGCCCUACUUCGACAAAAUCUUCACUUUCGCCAGCAAAUAUGGAGUUAAGGUGCUACUGGACUUGCAUGGUGUACCUGGCUCCCAAAACGGUGAGAUUCACAGUGGCGCUUGCAUGAGGGAUUCUGGUGGCCAGAAUGUGGAUUUCUUCCAGAUGGAAGGCAAUACGGAGAAUCGAGAGAUGGCUUUGAAGGCGAUUCGAGCCAUGGCAAAGUACAGUAAAGACAAAGACGCUUUGUGGGGAAUCCAGGUGAUCAACGAGCCACACCUGCACAACGACCAGGAGCACCAGUUUUUGAAGAGCUUCUUCAAGGACUCAUGCAAAGCAAUCCGGGAAGAGGGCAUCCCCAUGGAUAAACCAUGUGUUGUCUUCACCUGGACAUUUGACAUGUCAAAGUGGAUAGACUGGAGCAAUCUCAUCAUUUUCCCGCCGGAGAUCUAUGGCCGUGUGAUUUUCGACACGCACUUGUACCACUUUGAAGGAAGCGGAGAGCACUGGACUUUGGAGGAUGCAAAGAGUUCGUACAACAGCGACCUGGAUCUCAUGCGCAAUAGCUUUAGUGGCGAGGAGCAAAAGGCCUUUGCCCAAUGGUUGGUGAACGAGUUCGACUUUUCUGCCAUGGGCUCCUUCUUUUGGACUUUCGACUGUCAGGUCACAUGGCAUGAAGUUUGGAGACCUGAUCGAGACGAUUGCAUCCCUUACAACCACGUUCAACUGCGUAACAGUGAGCAGGGCUAUUUGAGUGCCCAAGAGGACGGCGCAGUGAAGUUGAUGCUUGACCAAAUGACUGGCAUGUUUGGAGAUCAGUGUUUGCCUGAAAUCGAGCCAUGUGCCGUGAACGGCACGCGCUUCAUCGAAGUGUUUCGACAUCCCAAGGGCUCCUUUGGGCAGAUUUUGGGAGACCUGGCAGACCUGCACCACGGUUAUAAGAAGACCAGUGCGAACCUCCCCGGAGCUGUGCAAAUGUCGUUCCGAAGCAUUGCACAUGGAAACUUCCUCAGCGUCAGUGACACGCAGAAGGUGUCGCUCGCUCCUCACCGACAGGGCUGGGAAACCUUCGAGACGCUAGGCUUUCAGCAAGAGAUGGCCGAGUAUGAGCCCUGCCAGGUGCGCAGCUUCCAUGAGACCUGGCUAAGUAGCGAUGCCGGCGAUGCCGGUGCCGUGGCCGUCUCGGCCGUCAACGCGGCCUUUUGGGAAGUGAUCCCAAAGGCCGAUCCGUUUCUCACUGUGACUUGGUGCCGAAGUUCAGUGCACGGCAGCGUAGGCAUAGUCUGUCUGAGUCUGGCUAUCAACACGGAAGCGCGUGCAACACGCGCCUUGCCGAGGGAAGUCUUCGUGGAUGUGAUUACACCAUUUGGUGCCACUACGACCAAGAGUAUUCAGGUCUUCAGUCUUCGACCAGAAAAUGCAACUGCGAUCAUCAACGAACGCCUGACUAGCGCAGUGACUUCCGAUCCGGAGACGGCGGUGAACACCUUGAUGACUGUCCUGAACAUCGCACAGGCGCCCUCUCUACCUCCCGGACAAGAACCGGAUCCACAAACUGCACAAGUUAUGACACAGGUACGUGAGAUCAUGGUGCAGACCACUGCAGAAGCGCCUGUGACCAUGAACACUGCGGUGAAUCAGGCCGUGGUCAUCAACGGCGUAAUUGAUGCUGGGUUGAAGGAUCAAGCGUCCAUGAAUGUGCUGGAGGAUAUGAUCCAAAACUACGCCAACGCAGGUCUCUUUGAUGUGAGCGACCCGUCCUUGAUCUCGGCCUCGCUGUAUGCCAUCGGCAACAUCUUACCAGCCAGUGGACCUCCAACAGCAGCUUCUGCGACGGGUCAAUCUUUGGGGAUGGCCAAGUACCAGUCCUAUAGGGGCCGGGGAACUUACGAGUACACCUCCAUCGAGCACGAAGACGAGCUGCUGGCGAAUCAAGUGUUGAGCACCUUCUAUGGACGGCAACCGCAAAACCAUCCACAGCCCUUCAACGAUGAGCGGGUGAUCGAUAGCUGUGAGAGCGCCUACUGCGACAUGAUUUGGCUCAUGUGCAUCCACCGUCAUGGCAAAGAUAGCUUGAAAUUUAUGUGCUGCGACUGGCCAAAUCCCAAGACGCAGUGUGAAAAUCCGCCGUGUUGGUUCCAUGGACCCAGGUGCCCAAUGGCCAGCACACCUGCCGUAGCCGCUACAGCCACUGACUCCAGUGGAUCGGCGCUGUCGGCAUCACGGAGGCUGUUUGGGGACAAUGAGACGUGGCGGAAAUUGCAGGCCACCACUGUAGCGCCACCAGUCGCUCUGUCGGGUGCGGGAGCUUUGGUCUUAAGCUUGGAGGAGUCGGAGUUGCCUUUGCUGGACGGUGUGCGUCGGGCCAUCGAGCGACAAAACAUUGAAGCAGAAACCAGAUUGCGAGCAGCAGCGCAACUCCAGGUGGCUGUAGGCGAUGCAGUGGAGGCCUAUUGGCCCGACGACGAUCAAUGGCUUCCGGCAGAGAUCCAGGCGAUUCACCCGGAUGGUCAGCUUUCCAUCACUUGGGAAGACGGAAGUCAGUCCGAUGUCCCUGCGGACUACGUGAGAACGCUGCACUUCGAGGAAGUCCAGGAGGACGUCCAAGAGCCAGAAGAUGUCCAAAAGGUCCCAGCUGAUGACAUGGAUGCGCUUUUGGCAGCUGCAGAAGCUGCGGGCGCCACAGCCAUGGCAGAGGACUUUGUCGGCGACUCCCGGCCGCCCAGCGCUUUGUUUUGGUCCGACGUGCUGGACACGGCCAAGGGCCGGGCCAAGAGGGCAACAGAGACGUCGCUGGAGGCGGAGAGGAGGCACGGCGCCUUGCUGCGAAGAAAAGCUGAGGCCUCAUAUGCCAUGAUGGCGCCCUUCGAGCGCGCCGUCAAACAAGCUGAAGCGAUACAAGCGGAGGAAGAUGCAGCCCGUACCAAAAAAGAAGCAGAACGGGAAACAUCGCAGCUCAUCACUCGAGCAGCAGUGCUGCGUGACACAAUCUGCAAGCAGGUGAUCGUUCAGCUCACCACUGGAGCACCUCCCAUGCGCUUCGUCACACCUGGCUUCGUCCUCUACAUCGGUCGCACGCGGAACAUGAGCCAGGUAAGCAGCGUCUUCAUUUUCCCACCCAAGUUCGCUGUGCCGGCAACAGCAGGGAAUACACCUUCGCCAGGUAGCAAUGUGACGGCCUUUUCCUUCAUCUUCGUGGAGUACACGAAGAACAUCUACGGCUGGUCCGACUCGGCUCCACCAGGCAAUCAGACGCGCAUCAUCACUUUGAUUGUUAUGAAAGCGAGCACCAUUGAGAUCGAGGUGAGCCGUGAGGAGUUCCCCAUCAAAGUCUUUGCCGAUCAGACGCUCUACUCCACGCAUCUUUGCAUGUACUGGGAUCGCUUCGCCCCUGACACUGCGGGAGGUGCUUGGUCUCCCCAGGGCUUGCUGAACAACGGUGAUGGUUGCCUCACCACCCACCUCUCCGACAUUGGCCUGUUCAUCGAUGGACGACCUGUGAAUGUGCUCGAGGUGGAUAGAGCCGUGAGCUACUACAUUGAUGAGGUGAUAGAUGUGGGAACGAACUAUUCCCAAAUGGCGAUUCUUGGUUUCGUUCUGAUUCUGGGGACGUUCUGUGCAUUGUGGGGAUACAUCCAAGACGAGCUCAUGCGAGAACAGCUGAAAUCGGGAAAGGACAAGGCAGCGCCAUACCACCUGGCAGGGGAUGGCAUCAACACUCCUUUGACCGUCCUGGAUCCCAUUGCAUACAACUACUCGGACCACAAGAAUCUCUUCUUGGCAGUGACCUUUUGGAGGGUCUUGAGACGCGAUCACGCGCUGCUUUCUCCAAUCUUUUAUCACGAGGUGUUUACACGACCUCAAAGAAUUCUUUGCCUAGGAGUGUUGGCCACCGGGAUCAUGGCAGUGAAUGCCAUCAUCUAUGGAAACCCCACUGGAGCUGUAUCCGGUGAUCAGUUCAUCGCCAGUGGAGUACUUUCUGCCUUAGUGGCCUUUCCACUCUUCUGUGCGGUGACCUUCAUGUUUCAGACGCGGCCAACACCUGCCAAAAAGAGAUUGGUCAAGCGCUCUGCCAAUGCAGACCAGAUGGAGACCAUUGCCAAGGUGCGGCACGAGAUCGAGGCGAAGAGUUCCUUGGCACCGCCACCCGGUUAUUUGAACCUGCCAGCGCUGCCUCCCGCUCCAAGCAAUGUGGUCGGAGGAACAACCUUGCUUUCGCUGCCGCCACCAAUGAUGGCUUUGCCCGCGCCACAAGGAGCAAUGGGUCAGUUUGGCUUGCCGGCUCCAGCAGCUCGUUUGCCAAUGGCUCUACCUGGCUUGCCAGGGAUGCCUGGUGCAAUGCCUGCCAUGGGCAUGCCUGGCAUGCCUGGCAUGCCCGGCUUACCAGCGCUUCCGGGCUUGCCACCUUUGCCCACCUUAAAGGCCGCCAAUCCGGCCCUGGGAUCGCUGCCACCGCCACCGAAAUACCCGCAGCCGCGUGCUCGCAGCAACAGUGCGGGGCCAGCUGGAGCACCCGGUCGAAUCCUUCCAUCCAGGGAAUCCAGGGUGCCUUGCGUGCAGCUGGAGAAGGCGAUGAAGAUCCGCUGUUCAGCACUUCCACCACCACCGAGCGGCACGUUGCCAGAUUACCAGGCGAUGCCAGCGAUGCCAGGAGUCAUCACAGAAGCCGCUCACCAGGCGCCAUACGUGGAUGAUGUCACCGAUGAGGCUGAAGAGGCCGCAGGGACAAGGCGAGUAGCUGUCGAGGCUGAGCAUGGCAUGGCACCGGGAAACCCGCCGCCAUUGCCACCUUUGAGUGGGCCCCCACCGCCACCCAAGGGAGCCAACCGCACACCAACAGGUGGCAUGACACCUACUGGAGGCAUGACGCCGCAAAGUCGUACACCCGUGGGGUCGGCCCACAACACUCCUCGAACACCGCCUCCCAUGUCGGCAAGCACACCGGGCUCCGCCUAUCUGCCACCGGCCAUACCGAAGGAUAUGCCGAUGAUGCCAGCAGCGCCACAGGGUGUCACUCGGGGUGUUGUGCACAGAGGAGAUGCUCCGGGCUUCAUUCCCGUUCCUUUCAAAGGGCCACCGCCCAAAGGUCCUUCAGGCGGAAUGCCGCCAUUGCCUGGAAAGGCUGGCGCGAAGGGCGUGCCAGCACCGCCACCGCCUCCACCACCGCCUCCCAGGGAAGAUGAUCCGACCUUUGUCCGGCGGGUGAGGCUUGCUUACAUCGAUCGGGCGGCGAAAUCGCAUGCGCAAGUCCUGCAAGAGGAGGGACAGGAUGUUGGCUGGGUAGCGCCAGAGUGGGUGUAUCAAGUGACUUUGAUGUCGCCCUACAUCGCAUCCAGUGCUUCCAUUGCAUGUCAAGUGGUCUUCAAUCUCGCAUACAGCACCAAGUUCCAAAGAGUGGAGGAGCAGCACUGGUUGUACGCAUGCAUCCUCGGCAUUUGCAUAGCAUUGCUCGUGCUCGAGGUCGUCAGAAGUGCUGUCACCACUGUGGUGGAGCUCCGCAAGUUCGAGAUUCGGCGACGCCUGGUGGGUGGUGACUUCCUGAAGAGCAAGAUCCGGAAGAACGACGUGGGACUUCAGGGUCGCAAGCCACCGGCGAAGAAGCCGGCGGUGCCACUGGCGCCUCCAAAGAACCCUCCAAAGACAGCACCGCCGCCGCCACCGUCGGCGAAGCCUCCGGUGGCCCGACCAGCGUUCCUUCCAAAGGAAGGGCCGCCCGGUCUGCCUGGUGCCAAAGGAGCUGCAGGCGUCCCAUCGUUCCGAACGGCGCUGGCCUCAGUCCGUGCGGGUGGCACGAAUUUGCCCAUGACAGGGCCCCCGCCACCUCCGCCGCUGCCGCCAGGGGUGAAGGCACCAUGUUUGAAACAUGUUGGAAACAUGUUUGAAGCAUCUCCAAAUUGGGACAUUGCAGACACCGAGCUCGAUCCUUCGCUCUUUGGGAAACCCAUUGAAGAUAGCCGUUUCAGUGUCUCUGAUUUUGAUGUUGGGGUCUUCAACGUCUGUGGUUGUGAUCUAUUGCUGAACAUGUUUCUGCAAGUGCGAGAGCGUGAGUUUGUGGAACAUCGUGACGACCUGCCGAGAGUCGACUCUCAUUCCUUUCAGGCCUUGGGUCAGUCCCCAGCGGUGUCGCGCACGCCCUCCGUGGGUCCCAGCGCGGUUUGGCAUCCCAGUUGCACCGGACAAAAGACAAGUCAUAGUGCCAUCGCAGGUGCCUUCGGGGCCGCCCAGUGCGGUUCCAUCGGCACGCGGAUCGGCACGGGGCAAAUGAGGAUCGCUUCAGCCCUGGCGGUCACGGCGGUCACUGCAGCCCCCGAUGGCCGGGGAGGUGGAGAUCCGGUUCCCGAGGAGGAGCGUGAGGAGAAUGCGAAGCGCAUCCCAUGUCCGUUCCUCGCAGGAUUGUAUUCAGAAGGCAUCCUGAAACCGGAUGAAUUUGGCCGAGUCAACUCGCAACACCUCAAGGAGGCGAUGGUCGAAGUUGGAUCCACCGUGCCCAAUGCCGUUUUCCCCUCCUUUGGCACUGUUCGCUUCAAAGAGGAGGACAUUCAUCAGACAGAGAGGCAUUGGGACUAUGGAUUGGUCCCCAGCGGUUUUCUCGACCAAAUCGGCUUGCCCGAGGAUUUGUCCAACCUGUGGCUGAAUAUUAUGACAAUGAAUGUUCCUGACAAGUGUGUGGAUGCAGCGGGCCAUGCUGAAGUGCCAAGCAAAUUCCCAUGCAAUGCCAACCCGCAGCAUGUGCAGCACGGCUACUCCACCACCAUCCGCGAUCCAAGGUAUGAUUCGGAAGAUCCUACACGUGAGAAGCGGUUCAAGGAUUGGAUUGAGCCAACCUUGGUGGUGAACAAGAGCCUGUCGGAUGAGAAGGUCAUGACAUUCGAUGGCUUCGUCGCGUUGUUGGCCCGCGUGGCAGUGGAGGGCGACCUCUCUGGGGAAUGGUCAUUGAAACCCAACCUGGAGUAUGAAGGCAGCAACUUGCAGCACUAUCAUCCCCAUGUCCAGCCGCCCAACGCCUACGCUCUGUACCACUGGACAGCGUGGCUUGCCUGGGUGGGUCUCUGGGAGGCCUAUGGUUAUCCUUAUCCAGACAACUCUGGUGCCAAGUUCAUGACGGAGAGUGACCUUCGUCGUUUCAUGCUGGAGGGAAAGCUGCCCAAGAAUUGGAAGAAGAAAACCUUCACACUGAAAGAUGUCGGAUACACCAUGAUCGCCUUGGAAGGGCAUGACAUCCCUGGCGGAGACCUCUAUGCUCGUGCUUUGAAGGAGCGCUUCCCGCUGUCGUCGCUGUUGCCGGGGGCAGCCUCUGAGUGGAGGUACAUGUCAAACUACGCGGCAACCGAGCGCAGUCUGGGUUUCUUUGAGGAUAACAUCGUCAAUCCCAUGCCCAAGGCCAAUCGAGCAGUUGUGGUGUAA